UAUUCAGUUGCAUUUCCCCUCCCUUCUUCACUCACUCCAUCUCAAACAAAUUUCUCAUUCCUCUCUCUUUCUCUCAUAGCUAUUCAUAUCAUCACCAUCAUCAUCAUCUUCUUCGUCGAUUAAUCCUGGAUCAAUUUCUCGGAUUUUCAAUUCCUUAAUCCUACUUUUAUAAAAACCUUUCCGAGUAUGUAAUCUUGUGUUUUUCAGGUUUCUAGCUUCAAAAUUCUCUUACCAAAAAAAAGAAAAAAAAUUCAUUUCUACUGAAUUCUAUGCAUCCAUCUCUUAUUUGCUAGUUGCAGAUUAAGCUGGAUUUGUUAUCUCCUAUUCCGUAGCUGCACCUUUAAAAAAACCUUCCAAUUAUGUAACUUCACCUUUCUUCAAUCAAACCUUCAUCCUCUCCAAAAAAAAAAAAAAAAAAAAAAAAAAAAAAAAAAAAUCAAAAAAACAAAAGUCUGGUAUGCUGAAUCUGUGAGUAGUGAUCGCGAUCGAUCUGGAUACAACACAGCAUCUCGUGUAGCUCCAACUUUAAAAAAACCUACACAGCAUGUAACUGUAGCCGUAUCCAUCUUCACCUCGCGUUUUCCGCUACUUUUUUUUAUUUAAAAAAAAAACAAAAAAAAAAAGAGAUAGAUCGAGAUCGAGAUCGAGAUUUGAGAAUGAGCGGGGACUACGAAGCUGGAAACACGGCGAUCUCUGCACCGGCGACGCCGGGGACGCCGACGCCGCUGAUGCCAUCGCUGAGGGUGGACUCGAUGUCGUACGAUCGGAAGUCAAUGCCUCGGUGCAAGUGCCUGCCCGUUGAUGCGCCCACUUGGGGCGCCCCUCACACAUGCCUCACCGACUUCUCUGUGCCUGAUAUCUCACUCACUCGCAAGCUGGGAGCAGAGUUCGUAGGCACAUUCAUCCUGAUAUUCGCAGCGACGGCGGGGCCGAUCGUGAACGAGAAGUACAACGGGGUGGAGAGCCUGAUCGGGAACGCAGCGUGCGCGGGGCUGGCGGUGAUGAUCGUGAUCCUGUCGACGGGCCACAUCUCCGGUGCACAUCUGAACCCGUCCCUCACCAUCGCCUUCGCCGCCCUCCGCCACUUCCCCUGGGUCCAAGUCCCCGCCUACAUCGCCGCCCAGGUGUCCGCCUCCAUCUGCGCCUCCUUCGCCCUCAAGGGCGUCUUCCACCCCUUCCUCUCCGGCGGCGUCACCGUCCCCUCCGUCGCCACCGGACAGGCCUUCGCCCUCGAGUUCCUCAUCACCUUCAACCUCCUCUUCGUCGUCACCGCCGUCGCCACCGACACCCGCGCGGUCGGGGAGUUGGCGGGAAUAGCGGUUGGGGCCACGGUGAUGCUUAACAUCCUGGUGGCGGGCCCGUCCAGCGGCGGGUCGAUGAAUCCGGUAAGGACGCUGGGGCCCGCGGUGGCGUCAGGGAACUACAAGUCCAUAUGGAUAUAUCUGGUGGCGCCUACUCUCGGGGCGGUUGCGGGGGCGGCUAUCUACACGCUUGUUAAGCUCCGUGGGGAAGAAGAGGAAGCGCCCCGCCCGGUCAGGAGCUUCCGCCGCUGAUUCGUGUCUGCCACUUUCCGAUUAUGAAUGUUAUGGUUUGAUGAAAUAAAGGCCGGGGACGACGAGACAAUAUUUAUUGAUUAUGACAAUCGCCCUGAGUGAGUGAUGAACUAAUGUGUGUGUUUGUGUGCUUGGACAACUUUGUAAUAUUUUCUUCUGUUUCACUACUUCGUGCUAUACAUAUACAGUUGUUGUGUGCUAA